ACGUUUCAACAUCUGGAGGCCACUACUUAUAACUUGAAGGGGAUUCGCUGAUUUUGCUCUGUCCAAAGCCUUCAAAAUUACAAGAGAUUCCUCCAAUUGAAGAAAGAGCAGCAAAUAGCCAGAGAUCACAAGUGCAUACUGGCAUCAAAGCUGUAAUACUUCGCAUAGAAUCCAAGCAAAUCAAUAUUCCCGUCUACCUCCAACCCAUCACCAGCCUGCUGGCUCUUUUCAAUACUCCGCAAAAGGAAAGAGAAGAAACCUUCGCCAGAAACGGCAUCCGCUUCAGGCACUCAUCUGACCUGAUUCCCGUUCGGUUACUGUUUUGAGAUAAUCCUACAAUGGGCCAUAGUAAUGACGAUAGCAGUUUGCCUAUUGCAGACGCGGGCUCCCCUGAAGAUAUUGCUGAUGGCAAAUUGAAUCUUAAUGUUGCCUCAGGAAAUGAAUUCUCUGGGCAUACAGAAAACAAGUCGUCAUUCAGCUUGCUUUAUGACCCUGCGGCCUCUGCAUCAUCAACCCGAAACGCCCAAAAUCCACAAGGCAGUCAGCCAAAAACACCCAAGCCUGAUUCAAUGUCAGAUAAUCGUACUGCGGGGCGUGUUUCCCACUCUACCCGUUCUUCUAGUCGAGCACCUAGGAGAUUGAGUGCAAGUACGACUGCUAGCUCUAUCAACGAAGUGGAUUCCACCCAGCCAAGGUUAGGGAAGAUUGGUGUUUGUGCCCUGGAUGUGAAAGCGCGCAGCAAACCAAGCCAAAAUAUUCUGACACGUCUCCAAUCUAAGGGCGACUUUGAAGUGAUUGUAUUCGGCGAUAAGGUGAUUCUCGAUGAAGCCGUAGAGAAUUGGCCUGUAUGCGAUUUUUUAAUUGCUUUUUUCUCUGAUGGAUUUCCAUUGGACAAAGCCAUCGCAUAUGCGAGACUCCGCAAACCGUUCUGUGUUAAUGAUCUACCAAUGCAGAAGGUUCUAUGGGACCGACGGCUUUGCUUGAAAAUACUAGAUCACAUGAGUGUUCCGACGCCGAAGAGACUUGAGGUUAAUCGUGAUGGCGGACCGAUAUUGGAAUCGCCCGAACUUGCUCGACACGUGUACCAACUGACCGGCGUUAAACUCGAGGGCCCUGAAGAUGGAACCGGAGGCGGAGUGUCCAGAACCCAGAACGUGUCAAUGUCCGAUGAUGGAGAGUGUUUGAUUGCCGAUGGGAAGGUUUUUAGAAAACCCUUUGUUGAAAAACCAGUCAACGGAGAAGAUCAUAAUAUCCAUAUUUAUUUCCCCAACGAUCAACAAUAUGGGGGCGGUGGCAGGAGACUUUUCCGAAAGGUUGGCAACAAAAGCUCUGAAUACGACUGCAAUCUUGUUAUUCCUCGAUCAGUGACAGAGAAAGACACGAGCUAUUUAUAUGAACAGUUUUUGAGGGUGGAUAAUUCCGAGGAUGUCAAAGCAUACACCGUCGGACCAGAUUUUUGCCAUGCAGAAACACGCAAGUCUCCGGUCGUCGACGGACUCGUCCGUCGCAAUACCCAUGGCAAGGAGUUAAGAUACAUCACAAAACUGAGCAAAGAGGAGGCAGCAAUCGCCUCCAAGAUAUCGAAUGGUUUUGGGCAGAGAAUCUGUGGUUUUGACAUGCUUCGUGUCGGGGAAAAGAGCUACGUUAUUGAUGUCAAUGGUUGGAGCUUCGUCAAGGAUAAUAAUGAUUAUUACGACAGAUGCGCUAAUAUCCUGAGAGAGAUGUUCCUGAAUGAGAAGCUCAAUUGUGAGGGGACGCUGGAGCCGUCGGAACCCCCCUCUCCGGAUUUAGACCAUUCUAGGAGAGGCUCCCAUAGGCACGCAUUCAGGACUCUGCUCAAAUCUCCAAGUGCCUCAAGGCUUCAUGGGAGUGGCCAAAAUCAUAAAAACCAUGAAUAUGGAACAUCAGACUCAUCUACCAAUGCUGGAUCUCUAGCGUCCUCUUCAGGCGUCGAGAAUACUGACCAUGGACCAAGUCACAAUUCAAAUUCAAGAGAUGUAUUCCCAGCCCCCCGUGGGUACAGCCCAUCAAAUACAAAGUCGCCUGUACUCUCAAUGCAUUUUCCGAAUGAAGGGGCGCCCCCGCCGCCCGCUUCUAAACAUUCGUGGAAGCUGAAAGGGAUGGUAGCAGUUAUCAGACAUGCAGACCGUACGCCGAAACAGAAAUUCAAAUUUACGUUUCAUAGCCAGCCUUUUGUCGAUCUACUCAAAGGUCACCAAGAGGAAGUGGUCAUUAAAGGCGAACCUGCACUAGCCAGCGUUGGAGAUGCUGUUAAAGUUGCAAUGGAUCAUGGUCUCGAAGACAUGGACAAGCUUAAAUUGCUGCGCACAUCGCUCGAAAAGAAAGGCAGUUGGCCUGGUACAAAGGUUCAAAUAAAGCCCAUGUUUCGCAAACGGAAACCCGAAGAAACGCGUGGCCAGACGCCGUCAAUUGGUCCGACAACACCCCCUGUUUCUUCCGAAGAGCCUUCAUCACCAAAUCAUAGUGAAGCGGUCCCAGACGAGGAUAAACUUAGCAGGUCACAAACUCGAAGUGAUUCUAUAUCGGGCGCAACUUUCUCUAGGUUUUCUGCCGUUGAAAAUGAUCUUAUACUAGACAAGCUCCAGCUUGUUAUCAAAUGGGGAGGGGAGCCAACUCAUGCAGCACGAUAUCAGUCUCAAGACCUUGGGCUCAAUAUACGUGAUGAUUUGAAAUUGAUGAACAAAGAAGCACUAAGCAAUGUGCGAAUUUUUACCAGUUCUGAGCAAAGGGUAAGCACCAGUGCUCAAAUUUGGGCGUGUUCUUUUCUCGACCAGAAGGAUCUCCCCAAAGAUUCUAUUCAAGUACGAAAGGAUCUUCUUGAUGACUCCAACGCCGCAAAAGACCACAUGGACAAGGUCAAGAAGAAAUUAAAACUGCUUCUGCGCGAAGGUUCUGCACCUUCGCAAUUUGCAUGGCCAAAAGACAACAUUCCUGAACCAUCAGUUGUUCUAGCUACAGUUGUUGAGCUGAUGAAGUUUCAUCGUGAUGUUAUGAGGCACAAUUUUCAGAAACUUGACAGCUUCCCACAACAGCCUACCUCACUUCAAAUCGCGGACGAAUCGGUCCCUCAUAACAAACUCAAUGCACACACCGAGAACCCUGCAAUAGCGUCUAUACAAGGGCGAUGGUGUGCUGGUGAGGAUCCUGUUCUUUUCAAAGAAAGGUGGGAGAAGCUUUUUGCCGAAUUCUGUGAUACAGAAAAGGUUGAUCCUAGUAAACUCUCGGAGCUUUAUGAUAGCAUGAAGUUUGAUGCCCUUCACAACCGACAGUUCCUGGAAUGGGUAUUCAUGCCCCCUGGAGAAGAUAAUGCACACAAUGACCUAAAAAGUGCACAUAACUGGAAUAGUGCGCCGAGAAAUGAAAUUGUAGAAAAAAGAUCCAGUCUGGAUGGGAUCAAUCAUGAUAAGGUUGACGAACACAUGGAGAAUUCGACUUUCGCACAGCGACUUGGGCUCAAGAAGCGGAUGCAUGCAUUUGAAUCUAUACCACACUUAAGGGCACUUGAUGACUCUUAUGAUCACUAUUUCAAGCUAUACCCAGGUGCCAGCCCUACGAAGUCCAAGAUCGAUGGAAGGCUUUCAAAACUUAGGGAACUAUACAAAUUGGCCAAGGUUCUUUUCGACUACGUGACGCCCCAGGAGUAUGGGAUAACAGAUACCGAGAAGUUAGAAAUCGGACUUUUGACGUCUCUUCCCCUUCUUCAAGAGAUUGUCAGGGAUUUGGAGGAGGUUCAGGCAUCGUCAGAUGCGAAGUCUUUCUUCUAUUUCACGAAGGAAUCACAUAUCUACACUCUUCUCAACUGCAUCUUAGAGGGUGGAAUACAGACCAAAAUAGCCAGGCGAGCUAUCCCUGAGUUGGACUAUCUAUCUCAAAUUUGUUUCGAACUAUAUGAAGCUAAAGACAGCGAGUCAGCAACGAAUUCCUACUCUAUUCGGAUUUCAAUUAGUCCAGGUUGCCAUGCGUUCGAUCCGCUUGAUGUCCAGCUCGAUUCUAGGCAUGCAAUCGGCUGCGCUCCCAGAAGGAGCUUGACCGCGCACCAAGACUGGAAAGAGGUUAUCGAAACACUGAAAGCAAAGUUUGACACUGUCAAACUCCCGAAGAGCUUUAUUGCAGUGAAUCUAAGCGAUAAACAUAUGUCUAACCCAGAGCAGAGUAUCCCAAUCUCGUAGACCUUUUCAGUAUCCGCCUGUUUCGGUCUUGGAUACUGGGUGAGAGGGGCGGUAGGUUCUCUUUAGCCAUGUUGUCCGCAAAAGAUCACUUUACAUAUUUUAUGCUUGGCCUUACCUGCUGGUCUUGCGAAAUAGUAUCAUGUUCAGUCUAGAGCACACAACAAUAUGGAUGAUAAGUUUACAGCUGUGUAUUGGGGUAUGGUCUCCUAAAAUGCGUCCUAACCUAGUAUCAAUGGUUCAUCACUUUAAGGUUGCCCGCAUUGCGGUGUGCCUAAUAUGUCUUUGUCAACUGGCCUAGGCAGAGAGCACCUAGCAGCGUAUGGCACAUUUGAUUACUAGCAUGUAUACCUUCGUUACUGGUACUCUAUAAAUACUGGCAAUAGUUUAAAUUUGGUACAGUACCUACCUACCUUAGUGACAUAGGCUUGCAUGUUUUUUUG